AAGUGACAUGUCGGCGGGGAGGGCCGCGAGGCGAGGGGCGCCCUUCUCCGCCAGGAGCCGCCCGGCGGGUGGAGCCUGGCGGCCCCGCCCGUGUCGGUCGCCUCUCGGCGCGUGCAAACUAGUGGCGGUCGGUGAGGUGAGGCGAGGCUACGCUCGGCUCCGCUGCCGCCCCGCUGCCCCGGUGCGGCACGCAUGCCCCGGCCUGGCGGGCGCCAGGUUGUCUUCUGAAUUUUGGGUCUGAAGGUACCCUCCUGCUUUCUCAGCAAAUCAUGGACAUCGUUGGCUUUCUGAAGUCUCAAUUCAUUUGCCACCUUCUGAUCUGCUACAUAUUUGUAGUGUCAGGACUGAUCAUUAACUUCAUUCAACUCUUUACACUUAUACUUUGGCCAGUCAACAAACAACUGUUCAGGAGGAUCAACUGCAGGCUGGCUUACUGCAUUUCAAGCCAGAUGGUGAUGUUGCUGGAAUGGUGGUCAGGCACCGAUUGCACCCUCUACACUGACCCAGAGAGUUACCACAAGUACGGGAAAGAGAAUGCCAUCGUAAUCCUUAAUCACAACUUUGAAAUCGACUUUCUCUGUGGUUGGAACUUUUGUGAAAGAUUUGGGGUCUUGGGGAGUUCCAAAGUGCUCGCAAAGAAGGAGCUCUCUUACAUGCCUAUCAUUGGCUGGAUGUGGUAUUUCCUGGAGAUAGUCUUUUGCAAGCGUAAAUGGGAGGAAGACCGGAAAACAGUCAUGCAGAAGUUGCUGAAUCUCCGGGACUACCCUGAAAACUUCUGGUUUCUGAUUCACUGCGAGGGUACAAGGUUCACAGAACAGAAGCACCAGAUUAGCAUGGAGGUAGCUGAAGCCAAAGGCCUGCCCAAACUCAAGUAUCACCUACUGCCACGAACGAAAGGAUUUGCUGUCACUGUGCAGUGUUUGAGAAAUGUAGUUUCGGCGGUCUAUGAUUCGACCCUCAAUUUUAGAAAUGAUGAGAAUCCAACAUUACUGGGAGUUCUAAAUGGAAAGAAAUACCAUGCAGAUUUAUAUGUAAGGCGGAUUCCAUUAGAGGAAGUCCCACAAGAUGAGCAGGAAUGUUCUAACUGGCUCCACAAGCUGUAUCAAGAAAAGGAUGCAUUCCAGGAAGAGUACUACAGAACAGGAACCUACCCUGCAGUCCCUAUAGUACCACCUCGAAGACCAUGGACACUUUUGAACUGGCUUUUCUGGGCCUUAUUGCUGCUAUACCCUUUAUUCAAGCUGCUCAUCAACAUGGUCAACAGUGGGUCAUCACUGACACUGGCUAGUUUUGUAUUUGUCAUCGUAAUGGCUUCUGUUGGUGUCAGAUGGAUGAUAGGUGUUACAGAAAUUAACAAGGGCUCCACCUAUGGCAACAAUGACAACAAACAGAAACAAAAGUAGUAUCUUCAGAGACUGCUUCAAUCCAAAGGGAACAAAUGCAACUUCUGAAAACUCUUAAGUGCAUAUCACUGUCCUUCGAGUGAGAUCAGAAGAAGGGUAGGAUGAGCAACUGCCAUGCAUAUCUGUGCUUCUGUUAUUUUUCUUCUGGGGUUUGGGCUGGAUUGAAAGAUGCACUCCUCCAUAUACUCUUAACAACAGGUUUGCAUUUGAUUGGUUGGUUUGUUUUCAUAUAAAGUGUCUUAGGGUUUGAAGAAAAAAAAUCCAGUGUGCUUGUAUGAUGAGAGACCCCACCUGGAAACUAACCAGUGGUUGCUGAGGUGCAGGCUUUAUCUUAAUGUGCUCUAAAGGAAUGGACAAAUGUCAGAAGAAUGUUACAAGAAGAUUAAAAUCGGUAUUUGUCUAGAUCAUGCAUUAACAGUUUAACAACCAUAAUCUGUCAAUGUUUAAAUACAGUAAAAUGCUCUGCUUCCUUAGACCAGUAUUGGACUGAAGCAAUUCUACUGAAGUAGCAGGAUUACAGUAGAGCUUUUCCACACACAGAAUUCAUUCCCACAGUAUGCACCACAUCACUGGCCCUUUAAACUUCAGUCAGACUCUGGGUAAGGGCCUGUUUUGUUAGAUCAGAGACUUGCAGUGGCAAAACCUGGAGUGUAAUUUGCCUUAGAGGCCUGAACAGAGCUCAAGUUAGCCACUGCUCUGUCUUUUCCCAGGCAAUACACCAGUGGGAUACCUGAAACCUGUAAUUCUUCUAAGAAUAAACUGUUUAGAGUUUGGAAAAACUGAGGUAAUAAAUCACUUUUAGCUUUAAACACUAACAAUGGUGGAAACAAACAAAAAAAAAUGGGUAUGCUGUAACAAAGUAAAUGCAAAGUGUGCAUUAAAAGUUAUUUCCCCACACCUAUACUGUUGUGAUCCCCAUUAAUCUGCUUUUCUGCCUUUUCUGAUAAAUUGGUUUACAAGGAGCCUCAUAACAUUCAAUUUGAGGUAAUACUUAACUAACCUCUUGCUUUUGUUUUGGGGAAAAGAGGGCAGUUGAGAGAGAAACCUAGGGUGGUGGUAUGGCUUGGGUUUUUUUUAAAGGCUCUCUGCAUUUGACACCCUUCUGUAUUAAGUAAAAAUAGUUAUCAGGUCCCUUGGGAAAACUUACUUUGUUGCUCUCACAUUCCUAGUACUGAUUCCAGGGCAUUUUCCUAUGUUUUUAAAUUUCUGAUGUCAAGGAUGUAUAAGGAAGUUACUGCAAAGGGCUUGUUUAAAAGAAAAAAAAGUGGAAAAAGGUGGGUGAGGAGGAGACUCCAAUCAUCAACAGUAAUGAAAAAUCUAAACUUUUUUUAAUCUAAAGAUACUGAGCACUAGUGAGCACUUUUCUUUACACUUCCACUGAUGUUACAUUUUCAUUGCACAUAGGUCUACACCAUGAUAGUCUAGGAACGCACAGCCUAUGUUUCUUUACAAAAGAAAGCAAGCAGUUUUAGUAGCUGGUGUAAAGAUAAUUUCUCUUUUGCUGUAGUAAAACUAAAGCUAAAAGAAACAGGGCUCAUACAACAGAAAAUAAAUCAUAACAUGAACUAUGUAUUUGCUGUUCAGUAUGUCAUAUCAUUUAGAACAUUCUAAACAUUUUAAUAGAUGGCAUCUAAGAAGGUAAAGUAAUGCUUUUAGCAUGGGGCAGUAGGUAAAAACCUUCUGAGAGGAAGCAGCUAGUAAAAUGUACAGUAUGAAGGAAGGAAUAGGCCUUGGGGAUUUCAAGGGACUAGGUUUUUUUUGUUUUUUUUAAUACACAUGUAUUCCCUAUGCUCUGAAACUUUCUGGAACAGAUUGUACAAUGUCAUGUACGUAAACAGGGGCUUUAGUCUACAUUUUGUAUGUUGGAAAACUAAACUGAGUUGAAGCAUACUGUCAUGCUUAUAAAGCUACUCUGUUAAAGUGCACACCCUUCUCUGCUGAAGGGCAACCAUGCACUUGUAUAGGCUAAAACAGUCUAACAGGGAAAACAGUAUAUGAACAUGUAGUAGCAUCUGAAGGUACUAUCAUGUACUGAUGCAUCAAGUGUGUUGCUGAGUCAGACCUGAUUGAUUGGUAACAGUGAAAAUGGGCACAGGAGGGAAAGAUCUCUUCAAGCUAGCAUUUUAGUCAGCAGCACUUGUCAUGGUGGUAGAAUGAACUCUCUGUGCAGGUGGGUGUAGUUCUGAACAGCAAAUACAUAUCCAUGUAGUGACAGAGUUCUCAGCUUAUUGCCUUUCUAAAAAGCCACCGAUUUAAUCCGCUGAUAGGAAGACAUUUAAUAUUCCUUGUGAAGCUUGGUCACUUCCUUUCUAGCUACAUGUAGUACCACCUCUCCAAGCCAACAAUACCAAACGUAAAUACUUUUUGAAUGAGCAACAUUUAGAACAGGCAUAAGGCUGGACAUGCCAGGCCUGGAUCCUUCCUCCUAGACACUUGUAGAAGUCCCAGUGCACAAGGACUACACCACUGGGCCCUUCCAGCAAUCACUGGAAAACAAAGCUUAACAGUACUUGCCAAAGUUAAGUUAGUCCAGUUCACUGUAUUAAAAGAAUGACUAUUACAUCAUUAGGAAUCAGUGUUUGCCCCUUUCCACAACAAGCAACUGUAUGUUCUACAACUGCCUUAACAAAAAGUAGUCUUAUGUUUGUUUAUACAAAAAUAAAAAUAUAAAAAGCUGAA